AAGCAUCAUAUACUCUCUCUUUCUCUCAUCUCUCUCAAGAAGAUCAUGUCAGGCGUUUGGGUGUUCAAGAACGGAGUGAUAAGGCUCGUUGAGAACCCUAACCAGUCAGCAGGCGACACACAUAGCCGGAGGAAAGUGAUGGUCUAUUUACCGACAGGAGAAGUGAUCUCAUCUUACUCGACGCUCGAGCAGAUCCUCCGGAGUCUUGGAUGGGAGAGAUACUUCGGUGGUGGCGACACAGAUCUUCUCCAAUUUCACAAACGCUCAUCCAUUGAUCUCAUCUCUCUCCCUAAAGAUUUCACUAAGUUCAGCUCUGUUUACAUGUACGAUAUCGUCGUCAAGAACCCUAAUUACUUCCACGUCCGUGACUCCAAUUAAAGCUUUUUAUUUUGUGUUGUGUGUGUGUGUGUGUGUUGUUUU